GUCAGGGGGCGGGGCCGGGACGCGCGCGCGCGAAGAUGGCGGCUGGGGCCGGCGGCCAGUGUGUGAGGAGCAGUAGAGAACUAUGGACAAUCCUGCUUGGAAGGUCGGCGCUUAGAGAACUGAAUCAGAUAGAGGUGGAGCUGAAUAAAUACUGGCAGCGCUUGUUAGAAGGGCUCUCUCACUACAAACCUCCCAGUCCCAGUUCAGCUGAAAAAGUGAAAGCUAGCAAAGAUGUUGCCUCACCGCUGAAGGAGCUGGGCUUCAGAGUCAGCAAGUUUCUGGGUCUUGAUGAGGAGCAGAGUGUGCAGUUACUGCAGUGUUACCUUCAGGAGGAUUACAGGGGCACUCGGGACUCACUGAAGACGGUCCUCCAAGAUGAGAGACAGAGUCAGGCCUUAAUCCUGAAGAUUGCAGAUUAUUAUUAUGAGGAAAGAACCUGCAUCCUUCGUUGUGUCUUACAUCUUCUGACUUACUUCCAAGAUGAAAGACACCCCUAUCGGGUUGAAUAUGCGGACUGUGUUGAUAAAUUGGAGAAGGAGCUAGUUGUAAAAUACAGGCAGCAGUUUGUGGAGCUCUACAGAACUGAAGUACCAACCUGGGAAACACACGGGAACCUUAUGACUGAGCGUCAGGUGUCUCGCUGGUUUGUACAGUGCCUCCGGGAACAGUCCAUGCUGCUAGAAAUUAUUUUCCUUUAUUAUGCAUACUUUGAGAUGGCGCCUAGUGAUCUACUGAUACUAACCAAGAUGUUUAAAGAGCAAGGAUUUGGUAGUAGGCAGACCAAUAGACACCUGGUGGAUGAGACCAUGGAUCCUUUAGUAGAUCGGAUUGGCUUCUUCAGUGCCCUCAUCCUGGUGGAAGGCAUGGAUGUCGAGUCCUUGCAUAAGUGUGCUUUGGAUGACAGCAGAGAACUGCACCAGUUUGCUCAGGAUGGACUCGUCUGUCAGGAUAUGGACCGUUUGAUGUUGACCUUUGGGGACAUCCCACAUCAUGCCCCAGUGCUUUUGGCCUGGGCUCUGCUUCGUCACACCCUGAACCCAGAAGAGACAAGCAGUGUGGUCAGGAAGAUAGGUGGUACAGCCAUCCAGCUGAAUGUGUUUCAGUACUUGACUCGACUGCUCCGGUCACUUGCCAGUGGGGGAAAUGACUGUACCACGAGCACUGCAUGCAUGUGUGUCUAUGGACUCCUCUCCUUCGUUCUCACCUCCCUGGAGUUGCAUACACUUGGCAAUCAGCAGGAUGUAAUUGACACAGCUUGUGAAGUCCUGGCAGACCCUUCUCUUCCAGAGCUGUUCUGGGGAACAGAACCAACCUCUGGUCUGGGGAUCAUUCUGGACAGCGUGUGUGGAAUGUUCCCCCAUCUCCUUUCCCCACUCUUGCAGUUGCUCCGAGCUCUUGUAUCAGGGAAGUCCACUGCCAAAAAGGUGUACAGUUUCCUGGAUAAGAUGUCUUUCUACAAUGAACUUUAUAAGCACAAACCCCAUGAUGUGCUCUCCCAUGAGGAUGGAACCCUUUGGCGGAGGCAGACACCUAAACUCCUGUACCCCCUGGGGGGUCAGACUAACCUUCGCAUUCCUCAGGGCACGGUGGGCCAAGUCAUGCUGGAUGACAGGGCUUACCUUGUACGCUGGGAAUACUCCUAUAGCAGCUGGACCCUCUUCACCUGUGAGAUUGAGAUGCUGCUCCACGUUGUCUCUACUGCAGAUGUUAUCCAGCACUGCCAACGGGUCAAACCCAUCAUCGAUCUGGUCCACAAGGUCAUCAGCACAGACCUGUCCAUAGCAGACUGUCUGCUGCCCAUCACAUCCCGUAUCUACAUGCUGCUGCAGCGACUGACCACAGUGAUCUCCCCACCUGUGGAUGUCAUUGCAUCUUGUGUCAACUGCCUAACUGUCCUGGCUGCUCGGAAUCCAGCCAAGGUCUGGACUGAUCUUCGUCACACGGGUUUUCUGCCAUUUGUGGCCCAUCCUGUCUCCAACAUGACUCAGAUGAUUAGUGCGGAAGGGAUGAAUGCUGGAGGGUACGGUGCACUUCUGAUGAAUAGUGAACAGCCCCAAGGCGAGUAUGGGGUCACUGUUGCCUUUCUGCGCCUGAUCACCACCCUCGUCAAGGGGCAGCUUGGUAGUACCCAGAGCCAAGGCCUGGUGCCCUGUGUGAUGUUUGUAUUGAAAGAGAUGCUUCCUAGCUACCACAAGUGGCGCUACAACUCUGAUGGUGUACGAGAGCUGAUCGGUUGCCUGAUUCUGGAGCUGAUUCACGCGAUACUGAACCUGUGCCACGAGACAGACCUGCGCAGCAGCCACACGCCCAGCCUUCAGUCUCUCUGCAUCUGCAGUCUGGCUUACACAGAAGCUGGACAGACAGUCAUCAACAUCAUGGGCAUUGGCGUGGACACCAUCGAUAUGGUAAUGGCUGCUCAGCCCCGAAGUGAUGGUCCAGAGGGCCAGGGCCAGGGCCAGCUGCUGAUCAAGACAGUAAAGCUGGCUUUCUCUGUUACCAACAAUGUCAUUCGGCUGAAACCUCCUUCUAGUGUGGUGUCCCCCCUGGAGCAGGCUCUCACACAGCAUGGUGCCCAUGGGAACAACCUCAUUGCUGUUUUAGCCAAGUACAUCUACCACAAACACGACCCAGCUCUGCCUCGUCUUGCUGUUCAGCUGCUGAAACGUCUGGCCACGGUCGCCCCAAUGUCGGUGUAUGCUUGCCUGGGCAGUGAUGCUGCUGCCAUUCGUGAUGCCUUCCUGACCCGUCUUCAGAGCAAGAUUGAGGACAUGCGCAUCAAAGUCAUGAUUCUGGAGUUCCUCACGGUUGCUGUAGAGACCCAGCCAGGCCUCAUUGAGCUGUUUCUGAAUCUGGAGGUGAAGGAUGGCAGUGACGGCUCCAAGGACUUCAGCCUUGGUGUGUGGAGCUGUCUGCAUGUGGUGCUAGAGCUGAUCGAUUCCCAGCAGCAAGAUCGGUACUGGUGCCCACCUCUGCUACAUCGUGCAGCUGUUGCCUUUCUUCACGCCCUAUGGCAAGAUCGCCGGGACAGUGCCAUGCUGGUCCUCAGAACCAAACCCAAGUUUUGGGAGAAUUUAACCAGUCCACUGUUUGGAACCCUUUCUCCUCCCUCAGAGACAUCCGAGCCCAGCAUCCUGGAGACCUGUGCCCUAAUCAUGAAGAUAAUAUGCUUGGAGAUACACUAUGUAGUUAAGGGUUCAUUAGACCAGUCAUUAAAAGAUACACUGAAGAAAUUUUCCAGUGAGAAACGCUUUGCCUACUGGUCAGGGUAUGUCAAGUCUUUGGCGGUUCACACAGCUGAGACAGAGGGCAGCAGCUGCACAUCCUUGCUGGAGUAUCAGAUGCUGGUCUCCGCCUGGAGGAUGCUUCUCAUCAUUGCCACCAGCCAUGCAGACAUCCUGCACUUGACUGACUCUGCAGUGCGGGGCCAGCUUUUCCUUGAUGUGCUUGAUGGGACCAAAGCAUUACUCCUUGUUGCAGCAUCAGUGAACUGCCUCCGCCUCGGCUCCAUGAUGUGCACUCUGCUGCUGGUGCUUCUCCGGCAGUGGAAGAGAGAGCUGGGUGCUGUGGAUAAGAUCCUUGGACCUUUAACAGAGGUCCUGGAGGGGGUACUGCAGGCAGACCAGCAGCUCAUGGAGAAGACCAAAGCCAAGGUGUUUUCUGCGUUCAUCACGGUGUUACAGAUGAAGGAGAUGCGAGUAAGUGACAUUCCCCAGUACUCCCAGCUGGUGCUGAACGUCUGCGAGACCCUCCAAGAAGAGGUGAUUGCACUCUUUGAUCAGACCCGCCACAGCCUGGCAUCCGGCAGCUCUGCAGAGGACAAGGACAGCAUGGAGACAGAUGACUGCCCCCGGCCCCGGCACAAGGACCAACGUGAUGGGGUCUGUGUCCUGGGACUGCAUCUGGCCAAGGAGCUCUGUGAGGUAGAUGAGGAUGGGGACUCAUGGUUGCAGGUGACCCGGAGGCUCCCCAUCCUGCCCACGCUCCUCACCACCCUGGAGGUGAGCCUCCGCAUGAAGCAGAACCUGCACUUUACUGAGGCCGCGCUGCACCUGCUCCUUACCUUGGCUCGCACCCAACAGGGAGCCACAGCAGUGGCUGGAGCUGGCAUCACCCAGAGCAUUUGUUUGCCCCUCCUGAGUGUCUACCAGCUUAGCAGCAAUGGCACUGGACAGACACCCAGCAGCUCUCGGAAGUCCUUGGAUGCCCCCUCCUGGCCAGGGGUCUACCGCCUGUCCAUGUCCUUGAUGGAGCGUUUGCUGAAGACUCUGCGCUACAACUUCCUGACUGAGGCCUUGGAUUUCGUGGGUGUCCAUCAGGAGCGGACGUUGCAGUGCCUCAAUGCAGUGAGGACGGUGCAGAGUCUGGCCUGCCUGGAGGAAGCAGACCACACUGUGGGCUUCAUCCUGCAGCUCUCCCACUUCAGGAAGGAAUGGCACUUCCACCUGCCUCAGCUCAUGCGUGAUGUUCAGGUGAACCUGGGUUACUUAUGCCAGGCCUGUACCUCCCUUCUGCACAGCCGCAAGAUGUUGCAGCACUACCUGCAGAACAAAAAUGGGGAUGGGCUCCCUUCGGCCGUCACUCCUCGAGUUCAGCGGCCAUCUACCACCACCACAGCUCCUGCUAUCCCCUCCAGCUGCUCUUCCAAGCAGCCUUCGGCUGACACAGAGGCCUCAGAGCAGCGAGCCCUGCACACCGUCCAGUAUGGCCUGCUCAAGAUUCUCAGCAGGACCCUGGCAGCCCUGCGUCACUUCACUCCAGAUGUCUGCCAGAUCCUGUUGGAUCAGUCCCUGGAUCUUGCUGAAUACAACUUCCUGUUUGCCCUCAGCUUCACCACUCCCACUUUUGACUCUGAAGUGGCCCCCUCCUUCGGAACCCUCUUGGCCACAGUGAAUGUGGCCCUCAACAUGCUCGGGGAGCUGGACAAGAAAAAGGAGCCCCUCACCCAGGCUGUGGGUCUCAGCACACAGGCAGAAGGGACUCGGACGGUAAAGUCCCUCCUGAUGUUCACCAUGGAAAACUGCUUCUACCUGCUCAUCUCCCAGGCAGUGCGGUACCUUAGGGACCCAGCUGUGCACCCCCGGGACAAACAGCGGAUGAAGCAGGAGCUGAGCUCAGAGUUGAGCACGUUGCUUUCCAGCCUCUCACGAUACUUCCGACGGGGAGCCCCCAGCUCCCCUGCUGCUGGCCUCCUGCCCUCGCCCCAGAGCAAGGCCACCUCUGCCUCUAAAACCAGCCCAGAGUCUCAGGAGCCUGUGAUCCAGCUGGUGCAGGCCUUCAUCCAGCACGUGCAGAGAUAGGGUAGUAGUGUGCUGCUCCCUACCAGCCUGAGUCACAGCUCCAGCCAUGCAGAGACUAUUGGCCUGACCACUGAGAGCAGCUCCCUUCAUUUUCUCCUAAGUAGCCACGACUCCAACCACCGCCCACUGACAUUAUUUUUGCAACAGCUUGAGAAAUCAACAGCACCAACAGGGAGCUGAGGGACUGGGUGCUCAGGCCCUGUCACAUCUCUGAGGUGGUUCUUUUCCUUUGAGCAUUCCCGUGGCAUGUGACAGGCCAGGGAGGUGCUGGGUGCCAGCAGCACAGGACAGCCUGUGUGUGGCAUGAGGGUUUUCCAUGAUCUGUUCUUGCGGUUUUUUGGUAAUACUGUGGUCUAUUUAUACAAAUAUUAAAGUACUGUUUAUAGA